AUGACGGCUCCCUUUAAGACCACGAUGAAGCACACCCACAAGCGACAGCAAAGAAAGUUAACGACUACUCAAUACCGCGUUUCAAAACCAGCGAUAAAAUGCAGAAGAGCCAACGAUGCCAUGCAGUCACUGACAUAUCAUUCAGCUCCAUUCAUUUCUGAGGCUGAGGGUGGCAUGCAGCAUGUUGCAAUGAAUGAGAGACAAACCGCAUGGGUCGAGGCGCCUCGGCGCUCGGUCAAUUCAUAUAUAUUGUUUCGUACUUUCUACAUGAUUUUGACAGUGCUUGGGAAUAUUCCGCAGAAGUACAAGUCUGCUAUCCUCAGUGUCUUGUGGGGUCGUGAUCCUUUUCACGCCAAAUGGUCCAUCAUUGCUCGCGCUUAUACUCUCAUGAGAGAUGCUGGUGUAAAAAGAUCCGUAUCCGAGUUUCUUGCUCUCGUGUGUCCCCACAUUGGUAUUCUAACUGUCGAUGAUUAUCUUUCCGACCUCAACUGGACAUUCGAAACCAAUGAAGAAGGGACUGUCUGUCUUCGCCAAACUUCUCCACCAGAGAUCGGUUCGUUUCCACCGCACAUCGCCAGAACUCUCUUAACAGAUUUGGACAUCAUCACCUUUUGUGGUGCUCAAGGCUACUUGCCAGCUGCGACUGCUGCCAGCAUUGUUCAAGGUUGGAACCGUGUGCAUCCAAUGGCCAACAUGGCUAUUCAAGGCACUCUCCCUGUUACACAGCACAUUGCUUCCACUCAGAAUGCAUAUGGUGCCUGGGAAAUGCCUUCCGGUGUCAUCGUUGCUCCACCUCCGAAGCCAGCUUUCGAUCAGCCUCUUGCUUACACUCCACCUGCUCUAAUACCAGGUGCAACAGGAUCAUUAACUGGCUCACUACUACCUCCUCCUCCUUGGUCCACUGGUAUGAUGGCUGGAUACUGGGGUCACGACAGUGGUACUAUCGACCUCAGUGCACUUGACACCCGAUUCGACCAAUUCAACCCUACCUCUCUCGCUGAUGCAGGCGGCCUCUAUAUGCCUGACGAUGCCCCUUCACCACCACUCUUUGCAGACUUCUAG